UUUUUAUGUCCGCUGAUUGUGAAAGUGAUGUACAGAUCAAAAACUUGUUUAUUAAAAUCAAUGGCGUUAGAGAAGAACCAAAAUUAUCAAUUCAGAGGAAUAGAUUCUCAAAUUUUGAGACUAACACCCAACUACGGUGAAAACUCUCUCUAUCCCUCUCUAUAUCUGUAUGUUUGUAUAUCUCAUGUUCCGAGAAACAGAGCUCUCUCUUGGAAGAUGUAGUUUUUAAUCAAAAAAGUAUGAGUGCACCACAUAUGGAUGAGCGAUAUCUUGUUUAGUUCAAGAAAACCAUCAUUGCUCACUCUGGAAGAAGGAAAAUAUAAUUUGGAAUGUUCCAAGAUUGAUUUUGGACAACUUUUGCGAAAGUAAAUUGUACUUGUUUCUGGAAUCGAAAAAGUUAUGGCUGAUCAGCUGGUUUAAGAGCAAUUUGUGACUGCAGUGGUUUCAUUCUUGAAUCAUGCCUCUGUAUGAGUUUUUGAGAUUGGCUAUAGAAAAGCUUGAAUCUAGCAAGCAGAAACCAUGUUCAGUUGAUCCCUCUUCAAAAACAGAAAAUGAGUUAUUUGCUAGGGAUGGUAGAAGCCCCACCCAUCUCAGUUUGCAGCCUGAUACCCCAAGUGUCUGUGAUGAUGCCACCUUAGGAAAUUGUACGACUGGAAGGGCGGGAAAAUUUGGUGGUGUCGAGUAUAUCUUCAAUGAUAUUUCACCAGAGUUGGAUUCAAGUCGAAAGGAUGAAACGGCUCCUUGGAUAAGUUAUCCCAAAGAUGAUACUCUGCAAGAUUACUCUUCUUUUAGUGCUCAUCCACUGCUUCCAUCAGCUCCUUCCUUACUAAAUUGCCAAGAUGCUAGAUUUUGGAAUAGUGAGGAGGGUAGAGAUUUGGUGGAGAGUCGUAAUACAGAAUUACCGGUUGAGGAGAUAGUUUCAGCUCCAAGAUGCAGUGCUACUGUCAAACGCGUGCUUAUAGACCAGUUGAAUAUCAUGGAGAAGGAUGUAGACUUACAUGUUCCGGCAGCAGUUAACUCUAGAGAAUUGUUUGUUGAUGGAAGGACCAAGAAUAUCAGCCUAGAUACAUUCAUGAAAACUGACAAAAGUCUAAUUCAAAGUAACACCAUCGAAUCAACUAGACCUCUAGAUGGGAAGACAACAGUUGAGCCUAUUGUUGCUUCUUCUUUUGUAAGCUCCGGAAACAGUGGUGAUAGGAAUUUCAAUGAACAGAAGCGUUACACCAAAGGAAAAUCUCAUCACAAUGAGGACUCUGAAUGCCAAAGUGAUGAACUACAAAAUGAAUCUGUUGGUUUGAAAAAACUGAGUCCAGCUAAAGGAGGUAGUGGAUCGAAGAGAAGGCGGGCAACAGAAAUGCAUAAUCUUUCAGAAAGGAGGCGAAGAGAUAGGAUCAAUCAGAAAAUGCAUGCUUUACAAGAACUUAUACCCAACUGCAAUAAGGCGGAUAAGGCUUCCAUGCUUGAUGAAGCCAUUGAAUAUGUAAAGAAUCUUAAACAUCAAGUACAGAUUAUGUCGAUGGGAUAUGGAUCAUGCGUGGCACCAUUUAUGUAUUAUGCAGCUAUACCUCAUUCUUCAUACGCCGGAGUGAGAAUGGGAAACAUGAGUGGGGGUUCUCCUCAAUGUCCUGUUUUCCAUGCACAUUUUCCUACAUCGGUCGUAAAUUGCCCAGAAUUUCCCUCUCCGAUUCAUGGACCACGCUUUUUUCCUCUAACUAAAUCUCAACAAACUUUAGUAACAAAUCACGAUCAAGUGCCAUGUAUGAUUACGAACAAGAUACUCAGGUUGGUGAUGCUUUAUUCUAUUGCUAUACAAUCACUCCUCAUGUUAUACUAUAUUGUUUCUCAAUUGGCCUUCACAGCAGCAAGCCGAGAAAUGAAGGCCCAAAUCAGUCCCCUACAGCACGUGAGAGUAAUUGAGCUGCAGAAGCGGUUAAUGUCUAUUGGAGCAGCUCAAACUAAUGAAGAAUGGCAUUGUAUAUUUAUAUGUGUGGGUCAAGGAUUUUGUUGUAAUACGAGACUUGAGACUAUAUUUUCAAUACAACACCAAUUUUAGUUCUAA